AGAGAGAGAGAGAGAGAGUGAGAGGGGGACAGAGAGAGAGGGAGAGGGAGUGGGUAAGAGUGAGCGAGAGACAGAAGGACAGAGGGAGGAGAGAGAGAAAGGAGUGGGUAACAGCCUGGGUACACUGUAGAUCUUGCAGCAGUGGCAGUGUAGCAUGUUUCCAGCUGUAGCAUUACUUUAAUCCCAGAGGACCUUGUUGAACAACAUUGGAGUUUCCUGACAUUUGUUUUCCUCUUCCCAUGUUUCUUUUGUUUUACAUUUUCUCUUGGAUUUCAAAAACAAACUCAAACUGCACUUUAUUUUGUUCAACAAGUACUCUCGACUUUUUGGAUGUAUCUGUCAAGUAGGCAUGUCCUCCUCAGACCUCAAUGGAUCCUCGCGCACGCCUCGCUGGCUACUCUGGAAGCUAAAGGAAAAGGUAGACAUGAGGUACUGAUGGGGUCCGAGUACACUAGUAGGGCUUCAAUCAUUUGAGGUACUGGUAAAAAGUAUUUCAGCAGAAAUAAUACCUUAUUUUUGUAAUAGGUUUGACUCAUUACUUCCCCUCCCCGCAAAUAUAAUGCAAAUUAUGGAAUGGGACACAUAGCCAAGUAUCUUUGACUCUGCUGAACCACGCUCAACACGGCCCUGAGUAACCAUGGACUACGACAACAACAUGAGCAUCGCUGCCACCUCAGACCCAUUCAUCAACAACCACAGCAGCGUCGGCGUGGUCCUGCUGGGCCCCAACAGGACCGAGCCCUACCACCCGGCGGCCGACUUCUGGACCUACCCUGUCCUGGCGCUCAUCAUCCUCACAAUCGUGGUGGGCAACCUGCUAGUCAUCAUCGCCAUCGCACGCACGUCGCAGCUCCAGACCAUAACCAACAUCUUCAUCAUGUCGCUGGCCUGCGCCGACCUCAUCAUGGGCGUGCUGGUUGUGCCGCUGGGAGCCACCAUCGUGGUGACAGGCGACUGGAAGCUGGGCGACACCCUCUGCGAGCUUUGGACGUCCCUGGAUGUGCUUUGCGUGACGGCCAGCAUCGAGACGCUGUGCGUGAUCGCUGUGGACCGCUACCUUGCCAUCACUCGGCCGCUGCGGCACAAGGUGUUGAUUAACAAGCUGCGGGCGCGGCUCAUCGUCUGCCUGGUGUGGGCCGUGUCUGCGCUCAUCUCCUUUGUACCCAUCAUGAACCAGUACUGGCGGGCAGACGACUUCCCCGAGGCGGUCAAGUGCUACAACAACACGGCGUGCUGCGACUUUGUGACCAACCGCACCUUCGCCAUCACCUCCUCAGUGGUGUCCUUCUACGUGCCGCUGCUCAUCAUGAUCUUCGUCUACGCCAAGGUGUUCCUGAUUGCCACGCGGCAGGUGCAGAUGAUCGACAAGGACCGCCAGCGUUUCCAGGGCGACUGCCCGUCCUCGCAACUUGGCCAGCACCUCACCAGCAUCCUGCCUUCUGUGUGCCGGCUGGGCACAUGCAACUGCGGCAGCAACAGGAACGGCGUGGCACGCAGGAAGGGCAGCAGGCGGAGGCCGUCGCGGCUGAUGCUGGUCAAGGAACACAAAGCCCUGAAGACCUUGGGCAUCAUCAUGGGCACCUUCACCCUAUGCUGGCUGCCCUUCUUCGUGGCCAACAUCAUCAACGUCUUUGACAGGGAGGUGCCCUCGGAGUGGGUGUUCCGCCUGUUAAACUGGCUGGGCUACGUGAACUCCGGCCUGAACCCCAUCAUCUACUGUCGGAGCCCCGAGUUCCGCACAGUUUUUAAGAAUCUGCUGGGAUGCCCUUGGCUGACCCCACAGAGGUUUAAUGCUUUUUAUAAAGAACUGCGCACUCUCUGCAGCUGUGUACCCAGGCAGGGUGAGUCUGGCACAGCGGGUGCUCUCACUAAAGCUACCGUGACAGACAGGAACGAGAGCCUGAGCAGCAACAGAAGCGAGGCUUCUUCCUCUGGGAUUCAGCACUCCAACAACAGCGGCCAGUCCAGCGACCAGUCCAGAACAGAGACAGAACUUUUCCCAUUGCAGGAAGAAGGAUGAAGAAGGCCAAGUCAUUUGUUUAAACAACCCAAAUGACAACGGAGAAGGAGAAUCGAAAGGAUGCCGAUAUCCAAGGCCAGACGCACACGUAGCUGUCGUUGAUAGGCCCUGUGAGCCAGCCGACAAGGACAGUGGACUUACGUGCUUAGCCUGGGAGACAGCAGCGGUGGCCGCGUUGCGAGGCUGAUACACAUGUUGCAGACGAUACUAAUGGCAAUAGUGGAGGAAAUGAGGGUUUUUGAGGGUGUGGAGGAGAUACACUUGGGCUGUGUAAUGUGCAGCCACGGCCCUCGCUAUAAAAGAUUAUCAUCGGAAGGGACACGCACUUCAGGUGCAUCACAGACAGAGAGGCAUAUUCACGUGAGUCUUGUUUAAAGUGCACAUUGAGGCCUGCUGUGUUGCAUCCCAACUUCAGCAAUAAUGCCCAAAACGGUGUGAACUUUGACCUUGAAGUGCGGUCAUGAAAAGGCUAACAUGGAGUAUUGGAUAAAUUAUCUAUUUAUGAAGCAGAAUCUGAAUGCUGUAUGCUUGACGUUGAUUGAGCACAGCAUCGUCAUCAUUACUUUUCACCGGCAGGGAAUGGUAUUUUUUGGGGGAUAUUUUAUGUAACUUUCAUGAAACAUCGGAGGACAAUAUUCAACGAGGGCUCAACAUCAAAACGACAGAUCUCUUGGUUUUGAAUGUGGAUGAAUUCCUUCUCUGCCUUCUCACAAGGUCAACACAGAGACUAUCUAGAAUUAUGUUAUCAAGGCGGCAACAUCACCUGUACUGAGGAGUACACCUAUUUUUGUGUAACAAGUGAACAAAGUGAAAUACACAAAUCUCUACCUAA